CUCUAUCAGGUCUGUAAUUCCAUGUCCAAGAUCGUUUUGGCAGUCUUAACUCUUUCGUAUAUAUUAGAACAUCGAAAAUUCCCGACAGAGUGCUAUAGCUAGUGUCCGUCAUAAUACGUUUUCAUGAUAAUCGGGUGUAGAGUCUUCAGAGACCCUCCCUUAACACUCGAUCAAUUGUAAUUAUCCAAGACAAACUGAGUUUAGUGAUCUAAAGAAUUUUGUUGUGUUGUUUGCACACGGAAGUGAGAAGAGACUUUUCGACAGCGCGUAACGGUAUUGUGCAAAGAGGGCGACCUUCAGAAUUGACAAAAGCUCCUACUUGAGUUCUAUAUACGUUGCAAUUGAAGACUGAGUUCUUUAUACAAUCAGUACCUAGUCUUUGAAGCAUCAAAAUACCUGAAACAAAACGUGUCGUUGAAUAUUUCAUCUCUAAAAGACCACAAGCAGACAUUAGAACUGCGUCAGUACCUAGAGGUCAUCGAAAGCAUUGCCAGACUUUGUCCGACUGAUUUUAUUCGUGGGGCACACACUCAGAAAUGUCUACUCCAGCACGACGAAGACUCAUGAGAGAUUUCAAAAGGUUACAAGAGGAUCCACCAACUGGAGUUUCUGGUGCACCUACUGACAAUAAUAUUAUGAUAUGGAAUGCUGUUAUUUUUGGGCCUCAUGACACACCCUUUGAAGACGGUACUUUUAAACUUACAAUAGAAUUCACAGAAGAGUAUCCAAAUAAACCACCAACAGUUAGAUUUGUUAGUAAAAUGUUUCAUCCGAAUGUGUAUGCCGAUGGAGGAAUAUGUUUGGAUAUUUUACAAAAUCGUUGGAGUCCAACCUACGAUGUGUCAGCUAUUUUAACUUCUAUACAGUCACUGUUGGAUGAACCAAACCCAAAUUCACCAGCAAAUUCCUUAGCAGCUCAGCUGUAUCAAGAAAAUAAACGAGAAUAUGAGAAACGUGUUGCUACUGUUGUGGAACAAUCUUGGUUGAAUUUUCAAGACACUCACGUGGAAGAUCCCCGCUGACAUUAGGUUCAUAAAAAAUCAGCAACCGAGCCCGUUCGACUUCUAAGAAAGGGCCAUGAAGAUAUUAAUAAUUUGUAUCCUCAUUCCACUCGUUAAGGAUAAGAAAAAGCUGAAAAAAAUCUCAUAAAAUAAAAAAUUGCAGAAUUUUUUCUUAUGUCUAUCCUUGCGAUAACUUCUUGUGAUUGUUAUUUUUAAGCAAUGUGUGUACUAAUUAUUUUCAUUUAGCUUAGAGUUUAAAUGACUUUAUAAAAGUAUAGAAUCUCCAAGUGACUUAAUGAAAUAAAAUGUUAUACACAAUUAUUAUUGUAGUAAUAAAUUGAUUAAAAGAAUGUUAUUCAAAAUUGAUUAGAUUACAUUAGGGUUUUAAAA